AUGCUGCUGGCUCUGGCACUGCUGCAGGGCCUGGCCCCCGCGCUGGCCGCCGCCGGCCCGCACGGGCAGGAGCGGUGGGCCGAGGGCUUCCCGGCRUGCGGGGGCCGUGCGCAGUCGCCCAUCGACAUCGAGACACGGUGGGCGCAGCCGGAGCCGGCGCUGCCGCCGCUGCAGCCRUACGGCGCCGCCGCCGGCACCUGGGAACUCACCAACAACGGGCACACGGUGGUGCUGGCGCUGCCGCGGGCGCUGACACUGCACGGGCUGCCGGGCGCUUUCGCCACCGCGCAGCUGCACCUGCACUGGGGCGGCUCCGAGCACCUCGUGGACGGGCGCGCGGCCGCCGGAGAGCUGCACGUGGUGCUCUUCGACGCGGCGCGCUUCGGCGGCACCAGCGACGCGCUGGGCCACGCGGGCGGCCUGGCCGUGCUCGCCGCGCUGCUCGAGCCCGGCCCGGAGCCCAACGCCGCCUAUGACAACAUCCUGCGGCACCUGGGCAGCGUGCGCUACGCAGGACAGAGCACAUCCAUCCCGGCCUUCGACGUGCGGCAGCUGCUGCCAGCGCGCCUGGACCUCUACUACCGCUACAACGGGUCGCUCACGACGCCGCCCUGCUCGCAGGGCGUCAUCUGGAGCGUCUUCCAGGAGCCCGUGCGCGUGGGCAGCGCGCAGGUAGGGCCGCUCUCGCUGCCUGCCGGGCCCACGGGAUACGGGGCAGGAGAGGUGGUCGCCAUCGUGCUGGGCACCGGCGCGGGCUGCGCUGGCCUCGUCCUCGCUGUCUACUUCGUGGCCAAGAGGAUGCGGUGA